AUACAUACAUUGGCCAUCACAUCCCCAUCCCAUCUCACAGAUAUCCAGAAUCCUAAAUUACCCGAUCAAUCAACCAUGUCUUACUUCCCCAAGGGCCACCACGACACCGGCGACGAGGUUGAUGACUUCGAUGAGUACGAUCCCACCCCCUAUGGCGGUGGAUACGACAUCGCUUUGACCUACGGCCGCCCCCUCCCUCAUUCCGAAGAGACCUGCUACCCCAACACCUCCUCCGCUUCCGACGACUUUGAUUACGAUCGCCCGCAGUAUACUUCCUAUGCUGAGCCCUCCGCCUACGCUGAUGAUGCUUUGGACAAUGAGUACAAGAGCUACGCACGCCCCAGGCCCCGACCUUCCCAGCCUCGCCCAGGUGGUGGGUAUGGUGGAGAGAGUGAAUAUGGAUCAGGUGGUGGAUCCGAGUAUGGAUCUGGGUAUGGCAGGAAGCCAGAGUAUGAGAGGCCCGAUUCGGAAUACGGAUCCGAGUAUGGGAGGAAGCCCGAAUACGAACAGUCGUAUGGAUCCGGUUAUGGUAGGAAACCCGAGUACGAGAGGCCCGAUUCAGAGUACGGAUCCGAGUAUGGGAGGAAGCCCGAAUAUGAGAGACCCAGCUCUGAAUACGGAUCGGGGUAUGGUCGCAAGAGUGAGUACCAGGAACCUACUUCGGAGUACAGCUCCGGCUACGGGAGGAAGCCCGAGUCUGAAUACGGUGGAUCCGAGUACGGAUCAAGUUAUGGACGGAAGCCUGAGUCCGAGGAGUUUGGAUCUGGUGGCUAUGGAAGGAAGAGUGGGUAUGGGGAAGAGGAAAGCGGGGGCGGUUAUGGGUAUGGGCGGAGAAAUGAGUAUGAAGAGGAGAAGCCAAGCUAUGGUCGACCCACUUAUGAGACUGAGGGGUACGAAAGGCCCAGCUAUGGGAGGUCUGAGGAAGAGGAUUACAGGAAGCCAAGCUAUGAGAGGCGUGAUGAUGAUGAUUCUGGCUAUGGCCGAAAGAAAUAUGGAGAUGAUGACGAGGACGACGAUGAUGAUGAGAAGCGUCGCAGUAAGCACCACCACCACCAUCACCAUCGCAAGCACUAUGACGAUUAAGUGUAAUGCUUGCUGCAUUCUGAUCAAGGAUCAUAUCAUCCCGUAUUGAGAUACUAAAUAAAUAGUUGGUGUGUGUUUUUCUGAAUGAUGUUUGUUUUGAGUGUUCUAAGCAUAUUGGGUUGUAGCCAUAUGCAGAAAAUAAAUAUGAAGAAGUACUUGCAUGGCUUAUGUAGGCCUGGACUAUGUGUGUGAAUCUUUAUGCUUCGUGAUGUUUAAACUUAAUAAAAUCCCAGAUAUCUGGUAAUUUAUGUUUUUACUCAGUUUGU